CACGUUCUAAAUUAUAUAUAUUUUUACCAUAUUUUGUUAGGAGUGAACUUUGUGCUGAGAAAUCUGGCCAAGACAUCGACGCCCGUGGUUGAGAUCACCAAAGAUGGCGACACGUUUAGCCUGAAGACAAUCACCGCCAUCAAGAACAGUGAGAUCAAGUUCGAGUUGGGCAAGGAGUUUGAGGAGGCGCGCAUGGAUGGCAAGAAUGUCAAGACCGUGGUGGUGGCCGAUGGCAACAAACUGAUCCAGACCCAACAUGGUGACAAAGAGGUGAAAAUUGUGCGCGAGUUCAACGGCGCCGAACUCAAAGUGACCGCAUCGGUAGGCAAUGUGGUCUCUGUGCGUAUCUACGCUAAACAAUAGGGCUGUUUGGGCCGUAUGGGGGGUAAGGGUGUA